AUGCACAAGAAAGAUAAGAUUGAGGUAAAACCACUCCCGGGGAGACGGGCUGGGGACGCGGCGCCGGAGGCGAGGGCUGUCCCGGGAUUCCCAGGGUCCCAGGACCAGGGCGGGGCCAGGCGGAGAGCGGGAGGAACGGACGAGAAACCACCUUUCGCAGAAACGAACGCCACAGCCCGAACCACCCGCCGCCGGCUCCUCCUAGCCUCUUCCCCCCGCCCCCUCCGCGGCGGUGGGACCAAUCACUCCCCGGACCGCCUAAGACCCGCCUCCUGCGCCCGCUGCCUGGGAAACGGCGCGAAGACCGCCUCGGGGACAAAGGCUUCCGAGAGUGGGGCUCAGUCGGCGCCGCUGUCCCUUGAGGGGGUGGACAUCAGCCCCAAGCAGGAUGAGGACUUGCUUCAGGUCCUCAAGCGAGAGGGCACAGGCACAGGGAUGCCCAUGAUCGGGGACCGAGUCUCUGUCCACUACACGGGCUGGCUGUUCGAUGGCAGCAAGUUCGUCCUGGACCGCAAGGACAGAUUAUCCUUCGACCUGGGGAAAGGGGAAGUCAUCAAGGCUUGGGAUAUUGCUGUAGCGACCAUGAAGGAGGGGGAAGUGUGCCACAUCCCCCGCAAGCCAGAAUACGCCUACGGUUCGGCGGGCAGCCCUCCUGAGAUCCCUCCCAAGGCCACGCUUGUGUUCCAGGUGGAGUGGCGCCAUUGGGGAGAUUGCACUGGAAGGUACUCCAGAGACCAGAUCUUUUACCGCCGGGAGGUCGGCGAGGCCGAGUGUGUGGAUCUGCCUUGUGGGGUGGAGAAAGUCAUUCAGCACAAGGAAAAAGGAGAACAUCCCAUUGUGUAUCUCAAGCCCAGCUAUGCUUUUGGCAGUGUUGGGAAGGAAAAGUUCCAGAUCCCCCCAAAUGCUGAGCUGAAGUAUGAAGUAUAACUCAAGAGUUUUGGGAAGGCCAAGGAGUCCCAGGAGAUGAGUUCAGAGAAGCUGGAGCAGAGCACCACAGUGAAGGAGCGGGGCACCGUGGACUUCCAGGAAGGCAAGUACAAACAAGCUCUGCUGCGGUACGAGAUCGUGUCCUGGCUGGAAUUUGAGUCGGCUUUCUCUAAUGAGGACGCACAGAAGACACAGGCCCUUUGGCUGGCCUCACACCUCAACCUGGCCAUGUGUCAUCUGAAGCUGCAAGCCUUCUCUGCUGCCGCUGAAAAUUGUAACAAGGCCCUGGAACCGGACAGCAACCGUGAGAAGGACCUCUUCCACCAGGGAGAGGCCCACCUGGAGGUGAACGACUUUGACUUGGAACGGGCUGACUUCCAGAAGGUCCUGCAGUUCUACCCCAACCACAGAGCUGCCAAGGCCCAGCAGCGGAUCCACAAGGAGCUCGAAUGGGAGAAGAAGCUCUAUGACAACAUAUUUGAGAGGCUAGCUGGGGAGGAGAGCAAGGCCAAGCCCAUGGUCGCUGCAGGAGACCAGCUCGUUGACACGGAGGUGAAGGGCGGGCAGAAGAACCAUGUGGCAGGGGGCCAGCCUCAGGUGGAGGCAGAAGUGUGGCCUUUCCCAGCCCAGCUCCCGGCUGCCUGCCCCGCUUCUCCCUACCCUACUCCACCCUGUUGGUUCUGUAAAAACUGAAGAAUUUUGAGUGAAUUAGACCUUUAUUUUUCUAAAAACCAAAAAAGGCGCCCCCAAAGAAAGAACGUGUAUCCUUAAGUGAGAAAAUGCUGAAGAAAGAAACCUGAUGUUGAUGGUAACAGAUUCAGUGUAUACAUUGAAUUCAGUAAGAGUCCAUGAAUCCAUAUAUAUAUUAAUUAAUUAAUUAAAACUAAACAAAUGGGAGGUGGGGGAGGAAGUCUUACUCCUUUAGAAUAUCAACUGGUAAAUGUGGGAGGAACGAUAGAAAAAUUUUGCAACCAUUAUAAUAAAAAUUGAUUUAAGCAGAAGCUAUCGAUGAAUGCUUAGAGUAGGUGAAAGUUUGGGGAAUAAAGGAUAUUUACAUUGCCUUAAAACAUUUAUUUUCAAAUUAUGUAUUCAUUAGCCGAGGAGGAAAUAGUGACUUGACGGUGGAGAAACCUGGCAGAACCAUCACAGCCAUAUGAUUGCAGCCAACACCACCAAUAAUGGAACAAAUGACAUCGAGUGCCUCUUGAUAUGAUGCCCUGAGAAGGAUAUAAUGUCACAUCUGUUUGCUUAUACAACGUGUAUAACCUGAAUCUCAUCAGAGGAAACCUCAGGGGAACUCAAAUUGAUGGCCGUUCUACAAAUAAUAGGUGCUCUUUGAAACUGCCAGCAUUACGAGAGAAAAAGGAAGACUGAUGGGUGUUAUUCCAGAUAAAAGGACACUUAAGACACAUGACAACUAAGUGUAAUUCAUAACUCUGGGUAUCUUAGGCUAGGAAAAAGCAGUUAGCUGUUAUACGACAUUACGGGGAUAGUGGAUAAAAUUCAAAUAAGGGCUCUGGACAAACAAGCACUCUUAUGUAUCCUGGCAAUAGGACAGCUGUGAUUAAAAAAGAAAAUAGACUUUUAAUAUCCUAGAGGAAUCUACAAUGUAGGAAAUCCAGAAAUAGAUAAGAGUAAUUAACUUUGAAAAAUUAAAAGGAUGGACUGGGGCAGAGGAAUAAAAACCCCAAAUACUGUAUAUUUGAUUUUGAAGUUUAGAUCUUUUUUCUAUUUCAAUGAAAAAAUCUCAUAACGAGAUUCAAAGAUUGAGAAAUCAAAUCCUUGUUAAGUCUUUGUUUUGAAAGUCUUUAAAGUUGGUUUUCGUAUUGAACUGUCAGGAAGUUAACUAGCUACCCAUCACCUUCAGACACAGUAGCUCUGUUUAGACGACCACUGCCAACACAUGAGUCACAGGAUCAGACCAUAACAUGCCCACAGCUUGUCUUAUUUAACUCAUCGCUUCAGGGAACACAUGGGGAAAAAUACACUCUGUACAGGCAAACCAUUUUAGCACAAACGCAAAAUUGCACAAAACAGAAAAAGUUGCAUUUCUUAAGUAGUCUGACUAGCAAAUUCCAUGGUUCUAUGCAAGUCUGGACCAUGUUUUUGAAAGAAAUGCUUUUGCAGAAAUUUUGUUUCUCCUUCAUGCGGAACCUGAAAAAGCUGGCAAACUGCCAAACCAGAAGUUCUGAAGACUCGAAAUGCAACCUGCGUCAUUUGUAUUGAUUGUAAUCCAUAGCGUGUGUGCAUGUGGUCAUGCCGGUGAUUCAUAGAUAACACUGUGAAUCAUAACUAAAACUGGAAAAGUAGGUUUUGAUAAAAUAUGAUUUAAUCAAAUGCAAAAAUCACAUUUUAGCAACCUGGUAUUGUCCUCUACUUAAUGUGUUUCCUUUCUCCCCCUCCACUCCUUCCCCUCUUCCUCUCUCUCCUUUUUAUUCUAUCAAAGCUCACACUGGGGACUUCCCUGGUGGCGCAGUGGCUAAGAACCCGCCUUCCAGUGCAGGGGACACGGGAUCGAUCCCUGGUCCGGGAGGAUCCCACAUGCCACAGAGCAACUAAGCCUGCAUGCCACAACUACGGAACCCACGCGCCUAGAGCCCAUGCUCCGCAACAAGAGAAGCCACCGCAAUGAGAAGCCCACGCACCGCAAUGAAGAGUAGCCCCCGCUCGCCACAGCUAGAGAAAGCCUGCGUGCAGCAACGA